GGAAGCUGUUACCAGUAGACCAGAGCAGAACAUGGGACCAUCGGUUGGUAGGAAGCUGUUACAUGAGGCGGAGGAAGCAACAAAUAAUAGAAAGUUAAUAAAAUCUCAGGUGGAGAAACGUCGGAGGGACAGAAUGAACCGCAGUUUGGAGUGUCUGAGGACCAUGUUUCUGCAGGAGCCACAAGAAGGGUCCACUCAGCACCGAGUGGAGAAAGCUGAGAUACUGGAGCACACAGUCCUCUUCCUCCAGAACACUGCCAAAGGAGACAAGACUACAGGUGGACGUGGGGACCAGAAACGCUCCUUCCAGGACGGUUUCUCCACUUGCCUGCAGACAGCUGCGGGGUUUCUGGGCCCCGAGGGGAAAGGGUCGGAGCUCGGAUCGGCGCUGGAUGCAGCUUUUGCUGCUCGUUUGGCCCGUUCACACUCACAGCCCGAAGGUCUCCAAAGCAGAAACUUUUUGCCGCACGCAAAGUUUAUUCUGCGGGUGCUAAGGCAGAAGUCCAAGCUCAGACUCCCGGCACGUGCCUCAGGGGAGAAACGUUUGAUCCGACCUUACCCACUCCCACUCCAACAAAGGUUUCCCAGAGUCCCCAAACAGCCUCAGAAACAAAGAGAGUCCGAGAUCAGAGCGGAGAGAGGAGCGACCAAACAGAGCUCAGCCCAGAGCUCCCCCUCCAGCCACACUUUGUGGAGACCUUGGCCCUGAUCACCAGGCAGGGACUUCAGAGCUAUCAAUGACUAUAAACUAUUUGGCAAAAACACACAACUUCUUUUUAAAAACUGUAGUCUUAUGAAGACGCAUAACUUCAGGUCCUGUAAAUAUUGUAAAUACCCGAGUAUGACUUGAUCUGUAUGUGUAAUAGGGUUGAUUCACUGUUUUAAAUACUUUUCAAUGAGCUCAGUCAGCCACGUAAGUGGCUCAGGGGAACGGGGACUCUCUCAGGCUGCGACACAGGUGAGCUGGAUCAGCCGAGCGGUCCAGCUGGGAUUGCUGCGCUGAAGUGCGAGUGAAGAGGUGUGGAAGCUCAGGGUUUGAGGCUGGGAGACCCACGCAGACCUUCAUAUUCACCUCUCUGGUGGAACGAGCGACACCUGUGUCUCUGUGUACAACAUCACUUCUAUUCAAUCUUAAGAUAUUUCUGGUCGGUUUUUGCACAAUAAUUUAUUCUGGAUUUCUCCCUAUGGCGAGCUGUACUCUUCAAAGUUAAAACAACCAAAUAAAUCUUUAAAAACAUGUCAGAUGAUUGUUUCAAGAUU